GUUGGAUUUCAGUGACAGUGGAAAACGUACUAAUAAGUUGUAAUUGUUUGGAAAAAAUAUGAUUUAACGGUUGAUUUUAUAGGUCGUAUUUGCAAUGAAUAUUUUGCCAAAAAAGAGUUGGCAUGUUAGAAACAAAGAUAACAUUGCCAGGGUUCGUCGAGAUGAAGAGAAUGCCAGAUUAGAAGAGGAAAAACUUGCAAAAAGAGCAGCUUUGGCCGAACAGGAAUCAAGAACGAAAUUGUUACGUGAUAGAGUAAAGAAUGACUUCGGUGAAUCCAGUUCUAUAGAGAGUUCAGUAUCUACGUCAUUAGUAUCUUAUAAUGAACCAAGACAUAUCAACCUAUUCACUGAGCAAGAAACAAGCUCUGGGGGUGCAACAACAAAUAUAGAAUAUGAAGCUGAAAAAAAAGCUGAGCAAGAGAAGAAAGAAAAAGCACUGGGAAUAUUGAAGUAUCUUGGUCAAAGCACCAGUGAAGACCCCAAACCUUGGUAUCUUCAGAAGAAUGAGAAAAAAGAAGAACAAAGUCAAGAUGUUGACAAAAAAAACAAGCUGGAUCCUUUAAUCAAGAUGAAUAGUUUCUUGGACCAAAGGAAACAAAGUAGAUCUGAGAAGAAACAAAGGAAAGAAAAGAAAAAACACAAGGAGAGAGUCAAGUCCAAAAAAAAGACACUGGCAGAUUUGAGGGAAGAAAGACUUCAGAGAGAAAAAUCAGAAAGGUUGCGAGCUGAAAAACUAAUUAAAGACAAAAAGGAAGGAAAAUCCAACCAGAUGGAGGAUGACCCAUACAAAGACAGCUACUACUCACAAUACAACCCAGACUUGGCUAAGAAACCAAAGUGGAAUAAAAGACAUCAUCCAUAUUAGACAAUGUGUUAAUAGAAGAUAAACCUAUGUUUGUCAAGGUGGGACAUAAUGAGAAGUGGUCAACAAAUUGCUG